UGUGUGUGAGAGUGUGUACGUAAAUAAAACAAUUUUCUAACGAUAAUUAAAACAUUCCACCGGAGGCGAAUAUUGUAUUUCGAUGAAAAGUGAAACGGGAAAUUAAAAAAAAAAAAAAACAACGAUUAAGAAAGAGACCAAUAUUAUUUAUCAAUUAUUAAAAGGCGAACUAUUUGAUUUUCAUGCUCGGACGUCUCUCGUGACUCUCUCGCCAUCAGUUCGCCACCGCCCAACGGAGAAGAGAUCGGCCGACUCGGAGGAGCCCCGUGUUACACUAUAAGCCCUUCGCCGACAACAGCAGCCGGAGCAGGGACGGCGGACCUAGAAGAAAGUGUCGGCGCUCCGCGUUAACAGACAGACGUGCGCACGCAUCUCUCCGCGGUGUUUGCGUCCCGUCCGAUAACGGACAACUACGGUAGGUAGGCGGUUACGGCUGCGUUGUGUGAGCGCGCGCGCGCGCUCGAGUGUUAGUGUCCGUCUGCGGCGCGGUGUCCGUCGUCGUCGUAAAAAUAUAAAUAUAAUAAAUAGAAACGGAAAAAAAAAAGAAAAAAAAAAAUACGAGAAAAAAAACUUAUUCACUAUAAAUAGUCGGACGUCGUCGUCCGCUUCAUCAGCAAACCCGGCGACCCCGUCGAACACGGUAAUUAUUUCACUUGGGUGGUUGCAGCGUCGCGACAGAUACAGUGAUAGUGAUCGACUACCGUUCAACCUCGGACGAAUGUGCGAGUGCCGGGCGACAUGAAAGAACUAAACCGAUCGGCAUCCACCAAAAAGAAACCAAUCAACACUUCGAAUGGUAUGAUCAGAAAGGUGUCGUCGCUGUUCAGUAUAGACGCCCAGAUGAACGGCAGUGCCAAACCUGAAUGGACUACCGACGAGAUCACCUUAGAGAGAGGUGACUCAGGUCUGGGUUUCAGCAUAGCAGGUGGUACUGACAAUCCACAAACUGAUGAUGAUACAUCAAUAUUUAUCACAAAAAUAAUCCCUGGUGGAACUGCCUAUCGAGAUGGUCGAUUGUGUGUUAAUGAUAUAAUCACUAAAGUUAAUGACACACCUGUUGUCGGUGUGCCUCAUUCAACAGCAGUAGAUGCACUUAAACGAGCAGGACAUACAGUUACCCUAUGUGUAAAACGCAAGAAAAACUUAUUGCCUAUAGGACCAAAUGUUUUAGAAAUAGAACUCAGUAAAGGUACCAAGGGACUGGGAUUCAGUAUUGCAGGUGGUAUUGGCAACCAACAUAUACCGGGUGAUAACGGAAUUUACGUUACUAAAAUAAUGGACGGUGGUGCUGCCCAAGUAGAUGGUAGGAUAUUAGUUGGUGACAAGUUGAUUGCAGUAAAAAAUACUCUACUUGGUGAUCGUAACUUAGAAAAUGUAACUCAUGAAGAAGCUGUCCGGACCUUAAAAAAUACCCGUGAAAAAGUUUUAUUGGUUAUUGGUAAAACUGAACCUAUUACAUACACAGAUUCUGCGCCACAACCAAUUAUCGAUACCAUUCCAAAUUCAUAUUCUACAGAUACAUUAAAUACUGUUAAAAGUUAUGAAAGCUUAUCAAACCACAGUGUAAGAACUGUAGUUUUAAAUAAAGGUUCGGGAGGCCUGGGUUUCAACAUUGUUGGUGGAGAAGAUGGGGAAGGGAUAUUUAUAUCCUUUAUUCUUGCUGGUGGUCCCGCUGAUCAAACUGGGCAAUUAAAAAGAGGAGAUACUAUACUAAAAGUAAAUGAUGUUAGUUUGGAUAAUGCCACUCAUGAAGAUGCUGCUGAUGCUCUUAAAAACGCUGGACAGACAGUUUUAUUAACAGUUCAGCAUCGACCAAAAGAUUAUAAUAGAUUUGAAGCUAAAAUUCAUGAAUUAAAAUCCCAACUUGCUGCUUCUACUGGCACAUUAAUUCGUACAACUCAGAAAAAAACUUUAUAUGUUCGGGCCUUAUUUGAUUAUGACCCUUCAAGUGAUGAUGGCCUCCCUAGUGUUGGACUAGCAUUCAAAUAUGGUACUAUUCUUCAUGUAACUAAUGCUAGCGAUGAUGAAUGGUGGCAAGCAAGAAAAGUAAUGGCGACUGGUAGAGAAGAAGGCAUUGGCAUAAUACCAUCAAAACGUCGCUGGGAGCGUAAACAAAAAGCUCGUGAUAGAUCUGUAAAAUUUCGUGGAAAUGAAAGCAAAAGUUUAGAUAGGUUAUCAACAUUGGAAAGAAAGAAAAAAUCAAUGACUUUUAGUAGAAGGUUUCCAUGGGUACGAAGAGGCAAAGAUGGCAAGUAUGAAAAUGGAUUAGAUGAUAUGGUAUUACAAAGGCAGUCUAGAGAAAAUAUAUGUGAAAAAGUUGAAGAAACUCCUUCUUAUGAAGCAGUGGUGCGAGUUCAAAUAUCAUAUUCACGACCUGUCAUUAUACUUGGUCCGUUGAAAGACAAAAUCAAUGAUGACCUUAUUUCGGAAUAUCCUGAACGUUUUAGCUCUUGUGUUCCGCAUACUACUCGUGAAAUUAGACCCGAUGAAGUAGAUGGUCGAGACUAUCAUUUUGUAAAAUCACGCGAACAAAUGGAUCUUGAUAUCCAAAACCAUUUGUUCAUUGAAGCUGGGCAAUUCAAUGGAAACCUUUAUGGAACAUCUGUUUCAUCUGUUCGUCAUGUAGCCGAAUCUGGUAAACACUGUAUACUUGAUGUAAGUGGCAAUGCCAUCAAGCGUCUCCAAGUUGCUGGAUUACAUUCAAUAGCAAUAUUCUUUAAGCCAAAGAGUGUAGAAGCAUUAAUGGAAAUGUGUAAACGUAUGAGUGAAGCCGAAGCAAGAAAACAUGUAGAACGAGCAGCUAAAAUAGAACAAGAAUUUGGUGAUCAAUUCACAGCCAUAGUUCAAGGUGAUACUUAUGAAGAAGUGUAUGAUAGUGUGAAAGCAGUAAUAGAAAGAAAUUCUGGAAGACAUAUUUGGGUAUCUUCAAAGGAAAAGUUAUAAAUUAAUAAACAAUGUAACAAAUUUUUUAGACAAAAGAAAUAAUUGACAUUUACUUGUUAUGAGUGAUGCAGUUUUCGCACACUUUCAUUAAUUAGUUAUUAUUCAUCAUUGUUAUGUUUCUAUUAUGUUAAUGAAUUUUAUUAAACUCUGCAUUAAAAUGUGUAGAACAACUUAAGCAUUCUAAAUAAAUAUUAUGGUGGAUGGGUGUAAAAAUAUCUAUAGCUUAAUUUGUCUGUAAUAUUUUGGCAAUUUUUUUAAUUACAUGAUUUAAAUGAAGUCUAGUCUUAAUUCUAUACUCAUUUCAACUUCUAAUUACAAAUUUAAAAUUAUUGUUGAGAUUACUGACAUUUAAAACCGUGCCAAAGUUCCUUUAAUCAAAUUUAAGUUUAAAUUUAUAGAAAAAAAUAUUGUGCAAUUAUAACUAAAUCAAAUUUCUGCUCAAUACGUCUUUUCUAAUUUUAAACAUUUUUUAGUUUUUAUUUUUUCAUGUAUUAACAUUUUUCCCCUUAUCAAUUGUAUUAUUUUCAAACCUAAUGUUGUUACAUUAAU